ACCCGGGGCCUACAACACACGGGAGUACAAUCAGCCAACAGUUGACACCCCAACUAGCCCUAAGUGCCAGUUCUACAUGCUGUCACGGCAGUCCCACCUCCCGGGCUCCAAAUCGGAGCGGUAUCGAGUCCUCCCGUACAGCAAAUCAAAUUGGGAGUCGUUUGGAUUAUUGAUGAAGCACAAGUAGCAGCGUGCGCGCCGCUAAGCUUUCGUUACUCCGGAAGCUGGGAUAUGUACAGCCUUUUAUCUGCGCAAUGUUUGAUCUCAAUUACUGCAUUAUACUCGAGCUUAGGAAAACAACUGUAAACAGGGAACAAGUAAGUUAUGACAAUCAAUGUUAUAUGUAAAGGCCAGAUCGAACCGUGUGUGUGACAGGUUAGCUAGGCAGCGCCCUCGCUAUGUUGUUGGUAGUGAGGUGGUGCAGUCUUCUACUACUCACCAGUCCUAGUCAGCCACUGCAACCUAAAAUGUGUGUUCGCCGAGGAGCUACAAAAUGUACUGCUAUUUUUCAAACUUGUUUCAGACUCUAGCGACAAGUAACCAUGUCUGCCAACAGGAAGCGAGGCUGGUGUGUUUGGAUAUGGAAGACAUUUAUGUGGUGGACAGUUUUCCAUGUUAUACCAAAAAGUCGAGGUACCCACCAGCACCGCCACCACUUCCCAGAGGUAUUUUCAGAGGAAGACCGCCUCAUCAAGUACCUACUACGUAUCAACUCCGUUCGAUCUCUAUAUAGUCGACCAGUGCUGAAUUAUUCUGAUUCUGUAAACGUGAAAUUCGGAUUACAACUUAUACAAAUCAUGGACCUUAACGAACGAGAUCAAGUGCUCACACUCAAUGUCUGGUCACAUUAUGAAUGGGUUGACGUUCACCUGAAAUGGAAUGUGAGUGAGUACAAAGGUGUGGAGGAAGUUCACAUGAAACCAACCGAGCUGUGGACACCGGAUAUCAAACUGUACAACUAUGCCGACGACAGACUUACAGAGAAUCGUGAAGCGAUGUGUGUGGUAAGGUUUGACGGUACAGUGACGUGGCUUCCUCAAGCCGUUUACAAGAGUUCGUGUAACGUAGAUGUAGCUACAUUCCCAUUCGACAAGCAACACUGUCACCUCAAAUUUGGGUCCUGGUCGUACGAUGGAUUUAAACUGGACCUACAUUUUGUGAAUGCCAGUGAAAUGACUAUGGACGAUUAUUAUGUAAGCAACGUAUGGGAUGUCAUAGAAACGCCAGCCCAGCGAAACGUCAUCAAAUACGUGUGCUGUACAGCCCCUUUCAUCGACCUGACGUUCUCACUGACCAUAAGAAGGAGGGCAACUUUCUAUGCUUACAUUCUCAUUCUCCCCUGCGUGUUGCUGACCUCACUUACUUUAGUGCUCUUCUGGAUCCCUCCGGAAUCUCCGGCUAAAAUGCAACUUGGAAUGUCCAUUUUUAUGGCUUUCUUCGUCUUACUGUUGUUGUUUGAAGGCAAUCUCCCUCCUGCAGCAAACGCGGUUCCCGUCCUAGGAACAUAUUAUUGCCUGAAUAUGGUACUAAUUACUCUUUCAUCAUUCCUCAACGUUUUUGUGGUGAAUAUUUCCUUCAUCGGAGCGAGGGCAGCUGUCCCCUACAUGUUGAAAAGGGUGAUGUUUUCAUUUGUGGCGAGGGUCGUCUGCAUGGAGAAACUCGUCUUGCCUUUCAAAGACGAUGGUCAAGUGACGUGUCCGCCAUCGCGCCGAUGUAUGAUCGGCAAUGGUGAGAACAAAUGGGCGCCCCCUAACAACUGGCGAGGGUCGUCGGAGAUGACGGCUAACGCCCAAACCGAGACAGUACAGAACCCUCAGCUGGCCGAGAUCCACGCAAAACUUAGCGAAAUACGAAAUUUCAUCAAAAUGUAUAAAGAAAGACUAGAAGAAAAAGACAGAAAAGAGAAAAUGGCCAAAGAAUGGAAGGCUUUGGCACUGGUGUUUGACAGAAUAUUCUUUAUAAUUUAUAUAUCAACUAUCACGGUGUCUCUGUGCGUGGUCCUUCCUAUCAUAUUUAGUAGUUGAUAUAUAUGUUUAGGCGUCAAUUACAAAAACAACUCAGUUAGAGAGAAGAAUCAAAGUGUUAACUAUGUAUGUCUACAUCAUAAAGAUUAGUGUAUAAAAUUUUGCGUCUCACCAAAUUGUUUCAUUGUGUAAUCCGGAUUAUUUUGACGUGUGGUAUUUUUAUAUGAAUCGUCUUCAGAUUGUAAAUAUAACCAUGGUUAAUUAUAUUUACAACUUCUCUUGCUAUGAUAAACAUGCCUGGUAGAAGCCAGUUUCGUGUUGCUGUGCAGUAGUUUGUCAGAUCGGGCUGUAGAAACUGAUUAAUCAUAUCUUAGGAAGUGUAAUUAACUGGAUGAUAGAUGAGAUCGCGAUACCCAAAGUGGACUGUGAUUAGUGUGGGUACUAGCUCCACUCGUGCUGCUCUGAUCGGGUGGAACUCCGCCAUGUUCAAGGGUGGAGACAAACUCCACAGUAUGGAGUGGAGAACAGUGUUGUGGGUGGUGCCAACUGUAAAUAAUUUUUUUCCAGCACUGGUUGCCGUACCGCAUUAUGCUGUCAAACUCGUUUGAUAGAUUAUAUAAUGUGUAUAACUAUCAUGUUAAAUUCACUAUAGACGUAUUUGUAUUUUUCACCUUAGUCACCUGGUCUUCUUAAUAUACGGACAACCUUUACUCAUUCUGUCUGUACUAGGGAGGUCAUAGCAUCUAUACAGGUUAGUAGUGGGUGAGAUUGGGUUUAAUCUUAAUGUCCGUGUAUUAUAUGUGCUAUAUAUACAUGUAUCGGCUCGAUGACACGUAAAAUAAUUAAGAAAAUUGAGUGAGUGUUAUCAAACAUUUAAAUUGUAGAGAAAGUCAGCACUGUUUAGAUAAACGGGAGGAAGUGUUAUAUAAAUGAAUGUCGUUGUAGAUGUUUUCCUUGUAUACAAGGCUGACAACCCUGUUUGCCAAAAUAUCUGUGUAAACCUACCUUGUAUUUGUCCCACAUGUCGCUCAUAAAAAAUGAAGGUUCCAGGUUUACCAUUUAACUGUUGACAAGUAUUAUCAUGUAUUGUUUCUGAGUGAUAAAAAUAAAACCGGAAGCUCUGGUCAGUUUCCGGUGACGUCACUACUACACUGUUGGGUAGUACCCCGAUGCUGCUGUUGUUAUUUACGUUUUAGUUGAUAUUAAAUUAUUUAUUGAUAAAAUAUAUAGUUCCUGACUUCCAUAUAUAAAAAUGGUGUACAUCUCGUGACGUCGUGAUUUCACGAGAGUGUUCGACCUUGGUUGACCUCGAGACGAAAGCACUUCGUACGUGAUGCACCAUUUGCCUAUGCAAGCAUCCUUUUGUACAUAUGUAUAUUGUACCGGGCGUUGGUCAACGAAUGGUGUUGCUGAAUUACACUGCAUCUCAUUAGGUGGGCUUUCUCCUCCCUACCAUGCACUCACGUGCUGUGACGAAUCGUGCGUAUGAUUUCUUAAAUAUGAAAUUUCUUUUUGUCGUCAGUACAACUCACAAACGUUUAUCACAAAAUUUACCAUUGCGGUAAUUCUGUAGUUCUUGUCAUCGAAAUCAUGUUACAUUGUUAUAUAUAUUAUAUAUAUAUAUAAAUAGAUAUACAUUCUACGCCACUGAUUUGGUAAUAGUUGUAUGUAAAACACCUAUUUGAUAGAUAAAAGAGUGAAGCUCCUCGUGCAAGGGGCAAGCUAAGUUGAAACGAAUUGCUUCUCGUAUUUCAGUAGUUUGAGUACAACGGUAUCAUUUUGUCUUGCUUUCUGAAAGACCAGCCAAAAUAGGAGUUUGUUCUAUUUUUGUAUUAUUAGGUGUUUCAUUCAGAAUAAAUGGUUUACACUUACUUAUAUAAGGUGAGAGAUUCCCUCUAACAAUCGUGAGGUAACAUACAGGAUAGCACGACACAUUUAUCAAGUAUCAAGACAGUGGACAUAUCAAAACCAGAUUUUACACUGUUUGCAUGACAAAGUAAACACAAGUUUCAAAAGAAUGUAAUCUAAAUCAGAGAUAAGAUCUAUUUGCUGCAUGUAAAGACGAUAUGUCAUUGACAUGAUAUUGUUCACCGCAUAUACUAACUAUGGAAGUCACUGAGGUCACAGGUCAUUGACUUUAUGCCAUUGUGCUUCGGACUGGCUGACAAUUGGCUCAACGCCAUGAGGGGGAAGCAGGUCGCCCCCUCAUGUUACCAGAACAUUGACAAACACCUAGUAAUAGGAAGAGUCAUGGAGACUGAAAACUUGUAACAAACCAACCAUGACGUAUGACGUAAAUUCACUUCAUGUAAAGGUCAAAGGCCACUAACAUGACGUUAUAUAUGAAUGUAAAGGUCAUAUGUCACUGACGUAAUGAUAUACACUAUAUGAAAAUGUUAUAUGUUACUGUUAUAACACUCGCAGCAUAUAAAGGUCAAAGGUUACUGUCAUGACGUUAUACACCGUAUAUGAUAUCAAAGAAUAAUCUGACAUCAUUUACAGCAUAUAGAGGUCAAGGGUCACUGACAGGGCAUUAUACAUCGUAUGUAAAGGUCGUAUGUCAAUGGCAUGACGUUAUACACUAUAUGAUAGCAAAAAAUACUGAUAUGACAUUAUUCACAGCAUGUGAAGGUCAUAUGUCACCGACAUAAUAUCAUAGGCCGCUGAUCUGACUUUUACAGUGUAAGUUAAUGUCGUGGGUUCUUGUUGUAUCAUAAUGCGUUGUGUGUGUGUAUGUCACUAAUGUUACAUAAGAAUUGUAUGAAAACUUCGAAAACACUGCUCUAGUAUAAUUUACUGUAUGCAAGAUCUCUAUAAAUAAAGUAUAUGUUAAUGUAUAUGUAAUUGAUGAAAACAUCGUGCACUACUGUAUGUAAAAGGUCUGACACCUAACAUUACACAUUGUAUGUAAGGAAUUUAAGGUGUACAUGUAACAGAUACAACGUAUUAAAAUGACAUAUAUGGUACACUGUAUGUAAAGAUCAUUGGUCCGUGUCGGGGAUACCUGCCGUAACACUGUAUGUAGAUGUAAACUGUAACUGAUAUACACUGCUAUGUAAGUCAUCUAUACAUACUAUACACCUAUAUAUCUAUGUCUUUUAAGAUCUUUCAAACGAUAAAUAUGUGUGUCUGACCACCGAAUUAGGAUCCGUUAUUGUUGUAAUUCGUUUCUGGUGUCGAUGCCUGGUCACGUAUGAUGUAAUGGUGGCCCUCAGAGCGUAUGUUACAUAUAAGCCCACCUGUUGAACGUCAAACUACUUAAAAAAUUGGAAAUUUUUUGGAGAGCCGUUCAUUGUCGUGUCGGUUGGACAUGGUUCUUUAACUUCUUACAUUUACUAUGCUAAACAAGAUGUGUCUGUACUGUGAUGUGGAGGGAAAGGGUAUGGAUUGUUUACUUAUUGUACAAUUGAGGGAAAUAAUUGAUUCAUCCACUCAACUAUCAACCGAAAUAAUGUUUUAGCCACUUUGCUAUAAACCGAAAUAAUGUUUUAACCACUUUGCUAUAAACCCAAAUAAUGUUUGAACCACUUUGCUAUAAACUGAAAUAAUGUUUUAACCACUUUGCUAUAAACCGAAAUAAUGUUUUAACCACUUUGCUAUAAACCGAAAUAAUGUUUUAACCACUUUGCUAUCAACUGAAAUAAUGUUUUAACCACUUUGCUAUCAACUGAAAUAAUGUUUUAACCACUUUGCUAUAAACUGAAAUAAUGUUUUAACCACUUUGCUAUCAACUGAAAUAAUGUUUUAACCACUUUGCUAUAAACUGAAAUAAUGGGGGUUGGAUUCUCGUUACUUUCGUAGAAUUUCCUAUAAUAUAUUACAUAUUCUUCUGUAUGUAAAUUCAGAGGUAGAUUUGUUUAAAUGAUAUGUAACUGAGAUUUCAUAUAUUUACCUUACCAUAUAUAAGUUCUUGAUUUUUAAAAAUAAUAACUAGUUUACUUAAUAUUCCUUAUAGCACUGCUACACUAUAUCAUAUAAAACGUAACACGAUCAACUUUUUUAGCCUUAUAUAUAUAUACACUAUAUUUUACAUUACGAAUCGUCCACACAGGACUUAAAACAGCCAUAUUCAUAUAUUUCGUUUUUUGUCACAUAUCGAUGCUAUUUGUGUAGAUGAUAUAUUGGUAAUGAGAUAUGUUUAUUGUUUUGGUAAUGUUUGUCGUGUAGGUAAUCUUAAAUAAAUAUAUAACCGUUUAUGUAAAUACGAUAGAUUCCGCCAGAAUGAGUUGGUGACAAGAGGGAGGGCUGUCAUUUUGUUUUCAAACGUGACCAGGCUUCGCUUUAAACGUACAAAAUCCCUGAUUUACAAUGUAACAUAUCACAACUAAAUGAGAGAGCGAGAGAGCGAGAUAAAGACGAGAUGUGGGUCAUUUCCAUUAGUUCAAAUCGGCUACAUCCUCAUUUUCUUCUUGUAAAUGCACAUUCUUAAGAAAUGAAAACGAAUUUUUCCAUAUUUGUGUUUUGAAAACAUGUCUUUUUUUAUUUGCAUAGCUUGUUUGGCAGUUCUUACCUAUGUUUGGUUUGCUCUCAGGUUUACUGUACGUGUGCCAAUAACUUUGUAUUUUUAUUUAUUCAUUAUAUUGCGUGAUACCUGUAAUGUAAGGGCUGUAUGUGUUUCUACAGACCGUUGGCAGAUCAACCACUGGACAACCAAUCAUUACCUAGUGUUACGUUAUGUUUGGAAUUUUAAAAAAAUCUUUUGUUAAUCUAUGAAGUGUUAUUUGCCCCAUUCUGGCUCGUCCACGUGACCUAUGGUUGAUCUCUCACACGUAGAAACACACGAUCACGCCCACCAACCGCUGCCCACAUUUGUCCCUGCUAUUGUUUUGUGUAAAAACACCAACUACAGCGGUUAACAAGUACAAUAUUUUCCUUAAAUAUGGGAAUGACAGUUUUAUAUCACGGUGAAAUAAAUUCAUCUCAUAAUAAA